AUGACAUGCGCGUCCCAACCGCCGCCCCUUCAGAUCCUCCUCCUUUUCCUCCUCCUCGUGCUCUCGCUCACGUCGGCAGUCAAACAAGUGACGGUGCCCGGGCAAAUCGUGCUCGGCGGACUGUUUCCGAUCCAUGAGGCGGGCCGCAACGCGUCGCAUCAGUGCGGAAAGAUCAAGGCGGACCAGGGAGUGCAGCGGAUGGUCGCCAUGCUGUUCGCGCUGGAGAAAGUGAACCGAGACAGACAACUGCUGCCGCAGGCCAGUCUUGGAGCACAGAUUUUGGAUACUUGGUGGGUUACGCGUGCACAAUGAGCAUCCCAAAGGGCUCCUUUUUUCAAUCGUUUCUUGCAGUUCGGUGGACAGUUACGCUCUCGAGCAAACGCUCGAGUUCAUCAAAUCGGUAAUGUCGAACGGUGACGGAGUGACUUGUGCCGACGGAUCGACCGGAUCCUACACCCGUCAGCCGGUGGUCGCAGUCGUCGGAGCGGCCGGAAGCCAAGUCAGUGUGAUGGUCGCGUCCAUGUUGCAGUUGUUCAAGGUAAGCGAUCUGAUAUUAUAUACUCACUUUUAUUCUUAUUCACAUAUGUAUUCGAGGAGAUUAAAACUACCUUCAUAGAGUUUUACUUUCAAUUCUAAUUUCCAAAGCGAAAAUUGCCGAGGACAAACUCUAUAUUACAGAAUAAAAAAGGAGUUAAUAAUAAAGCAUUAAAACUGAAAAGUUUUAUCUAACCUUGGCGAAACAGUGAAACAUUUCCAGAUUCCCCAAGUGAGCUACAGUUCGACUGGCGCCGAGCUCAGUGAGAAGCCGCGAUUCGCGUUUUUCUCGCGAGUCGUUCCUCCGGAUAACCUGCAAGCACAAGUGAUGGCAAGGGUGGUAGGGAGUCAAAUAAAGAUUCAUCGGAAGAUGGACUCACUUUCAGAUCGGAGCCCUCGAAUGGACGUACGUGCACGCGAUCGCAGACACCGGAUCCUACGGCGAGAGGGGAAUGGAUUCGUUCAGGGCGGCGGCGGCGGAGAACGGCAUCUGCAUCGACGGAGACGUUCAGAAGAUUUCCAGGCGGUGGACCGAGAAGAAUUUCAGGUGAGAAACGAUUGAGGAGAGCUUGAAACUGGAACCAGGGAUAAUGGUUGUUUUACAGUUUCAGAACCCUAUCAUCCUUCUGAUUUUCUUCUGUUUUUUCAAUUCAUCGAUUUUUUAGAGACCUUCUGAUUCGAAUGCACCGAACGCGAAAAGCACGCGGUGUCGUCAUGUUUGUGGAUGAGGACAACUUGAAGAGACUUCUCAAGACACUGGAUAACCUGGUCGCCGAAGGACGUUCCGAACUCGAUAGACACUUUUGGUUAGAAUCAACAAAGUCGCCGGUUGAAGAACAGAAAACAUCAGCCCUUUACAGGUUCGUCGCCUCCGACUCUUGGGGCAUCAAACAGUCAGUGGUCCGUGGGCUCGAGCACCGUACUUACGGAGCCAUCACGAUUGCUCCGAUGGUCAGGGAGGAGAAGGGAUAUCUGGAGUACUUCCGGUCUCUGUCGCCAAAAGGAUUCGUGUUCCUCGAGGAGUUUUUCGACUACUUGGGAUGUACGGAAACUGAGGAAGUGAAGACGUUCGGAGAUUGCUUCGAUAUGGUUAACAUCACACUGAAACAGGUAGUUCUCAGUCGAAUAUUGGGGGAAUUCAAUAAAAGUUCAGGAGUCGUAUGUGCCUUUUGUGGUGGAUACUGUCAAGAUCAUUGCGAAAGCGAUAUCGAUGUACAUCGAGGACGAUUGCGGUCCGACUCCGUUCCACAAAUGCUCUUUGGCGCAGUCCGGAUUCCGAGGCGAACGCCUUCAGAAGUACUACAGAAACAUGUCGCUCAACAGUAAGAAUCGCCACGUUUCUUCGUUUUCUUCAACGUUUCGUUAAUUCGCAGAGAACGAGCCGGCCCUAAUCGACGCGAACGGCGACGGAAUCGGGCGGUACGACGUCUUCCAGCUGGACAUGAACGGAAUCUAUCAGAAAGUGGGCAAGUGGCGCUCGACGGACGACUUCCUGUCGGUGGAAGUCGAGAAGAUCAGGCACGCAUUCAAGACGGCCAGCGGGGAACGGCCGAUGAGUGUGUGCUCGACGGACUGUCCGCGGGGACACUAUCGCGCCUAUCAGGAUCAGACGUGCUGUUGGGCGUGCAUUCCGUGCGACACUUCCACGAGCAUCCACAAUGAGACCAGGUAACACUUUUGGCCACGUCGCGACAAAUUCGAGCUCAUUUUCAGUUGUGAAGAGUGUGAUAUCGGAAUGGUGCCGGACCGAACUCUCCACUUUUGCGUCCCGAUUCCGCCCGUUUCCAUGCAGUAAGUCUAAAGAUUGCUGGACCUUUUCAUCACUGUCUCCGGCCUAACGAGCUGUUCACUUGAGACCUGCUCAAAACGGAAACUUACAAUAUUUGCAGAUGGGACACCACUUGGUCCCUCAUUCCUGCCGCUUUCUCCACUCUCGGAAUCGCCUCCACCAUCUUCGUCGUCUCAGUUUUCCUCAAGUUCUCCAACACUCCCGUGGUACUUUCCCUCUUUCCUCACACGUUUCUAAUCGUAAGUGGUCCCGUUCAGAUCAUGGCUUCCGGAAGGGAACUCUGCUAUUGUAUGAUGUCGGGAAUCGGAAUGUGCUACACUUUGACCUUCUUUCUCGUUUCCCAACCGACCGUUAUCACUUGCUCGUUGACAAGGGUACAUUGGGGCUCGAGAUCCUUUGAAAAGUUCAUAGAAUCUUUUAGAUUCUGAUGGGACUGUCCAUGUCGGCCAUCUACGCGGCCAUCAUCACGAAGACCAAUCGGUUGGCGAGGGUUUUCAAGCCGGAUUCGGCCCAACGGCCCAGGUUUAUCACUCCGAAAGCACAGGUUAGAACGCCGUCGCCAUUGAAAUCACGGAAGUUGUCUAGAAGUUGAGGAAGUGCUGAAAUACAGAAUUAGAAGCUGUAAAACUUUGAAAAAACAUAAAUAAUAAUUUCAAAAGUUAUCUAUUUCAAGAUUCCAACAAGUCCUUCAUAUUUUUUCCAAUUCAGGUCGGAAUCUGCAUGGGAAUAGUGUCGGUGCAACUGGUGGGGACGCUCGUCUGGCUGAUCUUCGACCCUCCCGGCACGAUGGUCGUGUUCCCGUCGCGUACGGAAGCGGUGCUCACCUGCAAAGCCACCACUUCGCACUUGCUCAUUUCCCUCCUCUACAACAUUCUCCUGAUCGUCGCCUGCACUGUUUACGCGUUCAAGACCCGCAAGAUUCCCGAGAACUUUAACGAAACGAGGCACAUCGGGUUUACCAUGUACUCCACGUGCAUUCUUUGGCUCGCUUUCGGGCCCAUCUACUUUGCGACGCAGAGCGAUUUUAGAGUGAGUAUAUCUCGACUGCCGGUGGAGUUAUCAAAAAGGUUUCAACUAAUAAGUUGUUCAUUAAGGAAUUGUGUACAUUUUAUCAAUUGACUACUUUUUUACAUCUCUAAAGACAGCUGAGAUACAUGGGUUUUUCCAGAUUCAAAUCACCUCGCUGUGCAUGUGCAUUUCCCUCUCGGGCACCGUCGCUCUCAUCUGUUUCUUCGCUCCAAAAGUGAGUUUUCUUACGGUCUAUUUCAGCCGUUUUAGUGUUUUCACACAAACAUUGGUGUCCCAACGUCAACAAACCACAUUUGCAGGUGUACAUAGUGCUGUUCCAACCGUACAAAAACGUGCGGACGCGCCAAUCCGCCGUCGGCCGUCUCGUCAACCAACAAAUGAGGUUCAUGAGGUAGGUUUGCAGUGGUCCGUUUCCCUUCCAAAGGCAUGAUGCCUGAUUCCCUUCCCAUUUCCCUCCCCGCAUGGUGUUCUUCUUGUAGCCAAUUGACGUACAACCCCGAUGGAUGCCACUCUUAUCAACCGAUGUCCUCGAACCAAUCCUAUAAACCCAGUAGUGAGUUUCAGCGAGAGAUUAAUAAUGUUUUUGAUUGGAAUGAAAGAUUGGAAAGAAAUGGAUGAAAGAGUGGGGUAAUAAUAAUAAUGGGUAAAGUUUCAGCCGAGGAGAGUUCUCACACGAGCAACGCUCCGGCACAACCGCAAACUCGAGCGAUCCCUCCGCAAGUAAUUGAGCAGUUGGCGGCGAGUCUUCCGAUCAGCGACAAGAACGAUUUGGGUACGUUUUCAACCGAAAAGUCUGGAAAAUGCCGGUUUUGCAGUGAAAAAGCUGUCCCUACAAGACAAGCUGCUGAACAACAACAACAACAACGAGAGCAGCGAAGAGAUCCGUCGCCGGCGGCCGAGCAGCGUGCACACCGUCGGAAACAUCGCCCCGCGCGGCUUCUCCUCCUCCUCCUGCUCCGUCAUCGAAGAGCCGUCGAAGAGCUCGAUGAUCGUGCGGCAGGAGACGUCGAAGAGCCGCGCGAGCAUCGCCGAGUCGCAUCAGGUCGACCUGAUCCUCGAGGAAAUCGCCGCCGACACCAACUCGACGUUCCUCUGA